UGGAUUUCUGAGUGGUACGGUCACCGAGUUAGUUAAGGUUGAGAGCUCUUACAAAUUGGGUGAGGUUUCGCGAGAUACGACGUUGUGCGUCUUUGCAGGCGCUGCAAGUGGGUUCUUACGGGCUGUAAUAUCUUUAAGGACCACAGUAGAAGUUUCGGUGGUCGGUAGCCGUUAUCAUGUUCGAUGCUGGAAUGAAAUAAGUGUAGGCAAUAUCAUAAGUCAGGAUAUCACAGUGUAUUUUAUGGUCGUUUGUCACGGCACCAUUGAUGAGUGAAAGUGAGGUCGAAUCAAAACAAACUAGAUAAGCAUGUCAAAUUGGCGGUAAUAAAAUUGCGAGUAUGUGAUUUCUUCUGUGGAAAACGAAUUAGAGGGUGAUGAAGUGAGAUUUUUAAAGCAGAGAUCCAUUUUUCAAGUGGGUGGAAAAAAGUGUUAUUAUUCUCAAAGUUAGGAUAUGGGAUAAGUGUAAAUCGUCGUCGAAUGUCGGCUUCUAUACAUAACAUCAGUGUGGAUUGUGGAUUCGCAAUUUCAGUACUGUGCGCUUAUAUUGGGCAUAUAAAACAUUGCGAGAACAAGUGUUUUGAUAUCAAGUAAAUACCGUCUGGCGUGAUAUAUUUAAUACAUCUACGAGAAGUAGAAAUAGGCAUACAUCGAGGAAUAAUAAUUGAAGGCGACGAUGCUUAUCGCUAGCAAUUGUGCGUUCGGAAUUCGGAUCAAUUGAAGAGAAAAUAAAAAUAAAAAAGUCAAAUAAGUGCUUCUAUUAUCAGUGGUGAGGCGUCUCUGUUUAGUGUAUUAGUAAUUCUUUGUUGUGGAGAUUUGAAUUGUUUCACUUGGUAUAUAGGCGGAGAUAUUGAGUGCAAAUUGGAUUACACCUACCAGAGACAAGUGGAUAUUUUUUAUGACGGAAUUACCUUUGAUAAAUCACCAUGGCAGUCAGAACCAGUUCGACUCGGCUGACCUCUCUUCGAAUGUGGUUUGCUUCCUCUAUGCUGCUAUUGACGCUGCUGGUGGGAACCGAUUCGUACAUGUUACCUUCCGGGACGCUAGGAACGGGUCUCACAUCUGAGCAGUACGAGUAUGAUUGUUUCGCGGGAACCAUGAAAGAAAAACCGCUGCCAAGGUUUGCGUCCCGCAAUCAAAACGACUCGAUCGCCAUUCAAGUGAGCAGACGUUACACCCACCAGAUCAUCUCACGCAUCUACAGCAUCUUUCUGCGCGAGAUACUCGGCUAUCGUAACGUAAAACUUGUGGAUCUCUAUGAGCGAACGCACGACAUCGAGCGGGAGCGGCAGUUUGUAACACUGGAAAGUCUGGUUUCAGACGGCAAUAGCUGGCCGGAGCCGACGAUCGAUCUGGAAGUUUGGAUGCUGUCGGACUAUCACAUAAUUCCACCGGAAAUCGAAGAAGCAGGCGCCAUCACACUCCCGGGUCGGUUUGGGUUAUUCAUCCCGAAGCCGCUGAUCCGGAAGGAGGAUACAUUUCCCAUGAUGUACCCGUACACGAUGUUCCAGGAAAAUAUAAAUGACCGUAACUAUUACGAUUUGUUGAAGAAAUUUGACGUUGUGGACACCGUACUAAAUGAGUUGAAAAAGUGGUCGGAGAGGCGGUGUUCACCUAGUUGCAACGAAGACGGAAUGUACGUGCCGAAACAGUGUGACCAAGGGAAAAAGUGUGCCCUAGUGCUUGCACCUCACUAUGAGGAUACUAAAUUUAUCGUGAAACACAUCGAUGAGCUUAAAUUUCAACUGAAAGUUAUCUGGCUUGGCGGUAAAAUCAAACACGGCAUUAACUACCUGAUGAAGUUGUAUGGCGUUGGCCGAAAGGUGUCCAAAAAAUUCUUGGUCUUACACUGGUCACCAUCGGAAGUAAUAAAUAGCAAAACCCUAGAGUAUGUACCAGUGACUAUGCCUCGCUGUGAGGAUAUCAUCGUAAGCAAUAAUACAGGCUGCAAGUAUGAACUGACUCCUUUGCUGAAAUACCACGCUCAUGAAUUCGAAUCUUCCCAGCAUGCUCUCCAGUCGUUGUUGAGGGUUUACUUUGAUAAGCCGGAUAUAGAAAAGCUAAUCGACUUGUACGACAAGUACGAAACACAAAUCUUGCAAGCUAGAGACGAGACGAAUAUGGACUACGAUCAACAUGGAGUAGCUAAAUACUACAAUCAAAUAGCGUGUGAGUGGAUGAAAGGAAAUGAGUUGAAAUGGCACGAGUGGAAACCAAAGGGGGAAACAAAAGAAGAUAUUUAUAUUGGCGGAAUCUUUCCCCUCUCUGGUCUGGGGAAAGCAUAUUUGGGCAUCAUGCCAGCAGCCGUAAUGGCCCAGCAAGCAGUUAAUCUCAAUAAUACCAUUUUACCCAAUCAUCGACUUAUCAUCCUCAAGAGCGAUGGGCAGUGUCGUGCGGAUACUGUAAUGAAAACGUUUAUUAAUUAUUACAUCAGACAGGAACGAAUGGUUGGAGUUCUGGGGCCGGCUUGCAGCGACACCGUAGAACCGAUCGCAGGUGUUUCAAAGCAUUUUCGAAUGGCGGUUAUCUCCUACUCUGCCGAGGGGGCAUUUCUUUCUGAUAGGGAAACGUAUCCCUAUUUCUUUCGUACGAUUGGUGAAAAUCGACAGUAUGAACACGUGUACGCGCGACUGCUGAAGCAACUGAAUUGGAAUAGAGUCGCCGCGCUCACCGAGGAUGGCCAAAAAUCAACCGAAUAUAUUUCACACAUGGAAACGCUGCUGAAGGAAAAUAACAUCGAGUUGAUUUCGAACAAGAAAUUUCCACGCGAUCGUGGUGAAACUGAAAUGAAGCGGUAUCUUUUGGACUUGAAAACGAAAAAUGCCCGAAUCAUUAUAGCGGAUGUUGAUGACAAGGUCGCUCAGGUGAUAAUGUGUGAGGCGUACAAACUUGAGAUGACGGCCGAAAAUGGCUUCAUAUGGUUUCUACCGGUUUGGCUAUCGAAUCAGUGGAAUCAAAGCCAUACCGAUUCCAGUCGACCCCAGCUCAAAUGUACGACGCGAGAGCUUCUCACCGCAAUCAACGGUCACUUUUCGCUGUCACAUGCCCCGUUUGCUAGCGACGACAGCUCGUUGGACAUCAGCAACAGCACGGUCGGCGAGUGGAGAUUGAAGUACGGCAAGGUUUUGCAGCAGCAUGAUCUACUGCCGUCAGAUUACGCCGGAUAUGCAUACGACGCCGUUUGGGUGUACGCACUGGCAUUGGAUAAAUUAAUUCGUGAAGAUCCGUCCUUUCUGAGUGAUUUGCAUUCGCUCAAAACGACCAAACGGUUGAUGGAGGUCAUUAGGGCAACCGAUUUUCAAGGUGUAUCCGGACGGAUUCGCUUCGGAGAGGAAGGAUCGCGUUAUGCCAUCAUAAAUGUGCUCCAGUGGAUCAACGGAACGCCAAAUAUCGUGGGACAAUUUACUCCAAAUAUUUCCGAAAGUAAGUACCAGUUGAUGGGAGGAACUCUGACGCUUAAUCAAUCAGCUAUUGUUUGGAUGACCCGCGAUGGAAAGGUUCCGGAUGAUGGUGCACUGGAUUGUAACCUGAGUGGCCUGGCCAGGUUUUUCGGAACCGAUUGCGACGGAGCUGUUUUGAUCUUCACUGGAUUUAUGUGCGUGUUUGUGAUAGCGAUAAUUUCGCUGGCUUCGUUCUGCUUCUUCCAAAUUCGGUACGAUCGAAAAAUGAAAAGUUCAGCCAAGUAUUUGCAGAAGUUUGGUAUUGAUUUACUAUCGCCCUCAUCGAUUCCACUGAACACACUGGAUAAAUGGGAGAUCCCGAAGGACCGGGUUGUGAUCAAUCGGAGGCUAGGUGAAGGAGCUUUCGGGACGGUAUAUGGCGGUGAGGCACAGAUUGACGGCGAAGGAUGGACUGCCAUUGCUGUGAAAACUCUGAAAAUCGGUUCAACCACCGAGGAUAAAGUGGAUUUCCUUUCGGAGGCCGAGGCUAUGAAGCGGUUUGACCAUAACAACAUUGUGAAGCUUCUUGGCGUUUGCUUGCAAAGCGAACCGGUCUACACCGUUAUGGAAUUUAUGUUGUACGGAGAUUUGAAAACAUAUCUACUAGCGCGAAGAAAUUUAGUAGGAAACAAACAGUCGGACGAGUCCGAUAUAUCUCCCAAACGGUUGACAAUGAUGGCAUUGGAUAUUUCGAGAGCCCUUUCGUACUUAGUUGAGCAAAAGUACGUCCAUAGAGAUAUUGCUUGCCGGAACUGUAUGGUCAACGCACAGCGUGUAGUAAAGCUGGGUGAUUUUGGUAUGGCUCGUCCGACAUUUGAGAACGAUUACUACCGCUUCAAUCGCAAAGGAAUGCUUCCAGUAAGAUGGAUGGCCCCUGAAUCUCUGGCACUAGGGGUAUUCACUCCAGCGUCCGAUGUUUGGUCAUACGCAGUGUUGUUAUAUGAAAUUAUCACAUUCGGUUCGUUUCCAUUUCAAGGUAUGACGAAUAAUCAGGUACUCGAACACCUCAAGAAGGGAAACUGUUUAACGAUUCCUUCCGGAGUUAAGCCUCAGUUGGAGGGUCUGAUGAAGGCUUGCUGGAACCAAGACUACAAAAAGCGCCCAAGUGCUUCGGAAAUAGUCGAAUUCAUUUCGAACUAUCCCCGGUUACUGAGCCCAUGUUUGGAUGUACCUCUUGCUUCAGUUCAGAUGGCCGAAACAGACAGUGACCAGUUCGAGUUGCUACCGGGGCUUCGAAAACGGAAGGAUGAGCCGACUGCUGACAUUUUAGUAGGUACUGCUCAGAUAAAUGAUCUGAACCAAUCGCCCAGUGGUUACACCGGAAUGCGACCGGGAAUAAAUUUGAAUGACCUGAAUGUCGGAACAGAUUUCUGUCAUUGCGAUAACGGAUCGUUGCCUACAGCCGAUACCACCACUACUAACGGAUCGGUUGGUCUGAACGUGUACAAUCCAAUUGAGCCGCUGUUGCAACGUGAUUCCGAAAUGUCGAAAAGUAGCAGUAGCUUACUGAGGUACGUGCCCAUGUUUGGUUUCGGUAAGAACCGCGCUCCAGUAUUGAUAACCCACUCGAACGGGUCUGUGACCAUUGGAAACCAAAGCACCAGCACCAGUGUUUUAUAGCACCGGACAGAUGUAGUCGGUUCCACAACUAAACCAAAUCCUGUCUUGGAAGUUCCUGACCGAAAGAAUUCUUGCUAAGCACCAGGUAAUGAUCUAACCCUAUUCGUUGAUCGAAUUUUGUAUAGUUUAUGAACAUAUGUAUUAGUAAGAAUAAUCACUUUUUAUCUCAUAAAUGACAAACAGUAAAGUUAGGUUGAAUUAUUUAAAACAUGUUUAUAGAUAAAAAUAUUGAAAUAUGUUAAAACCACAACCCAAACACAAUAGUACAAAUAUUAUGCCGUCCUUUUAAAUCGGGGAACCAUCUGUAUGGCAUACCGAAAGAUCCGAGUAUUUCUAACUUUUCAGUGGUUAUGGUACCGGUUGGAAUGGUUCUCCAGCUCCGCAUGCCAAAAUAGUAAACAAAUAGUUUUCAUGCAAAUGGCUUAGAAAAUUAGACCAAAUAGAACAUUAUAAGCCCUAUUCGAUACACAUUAAAAAAUAUUAUUAUUCAGAUAAAAAAAUUCUAAAAAGACGUUUCAUCUAGUAAAUUCUAUAUUUUAAGUUAAGCUUUAGCCACCUACAGUAUGAUCUGACUAUGGCAAUUUUUCUCUAUUUCUCUCUCUCGCUUUGGAGACUAAUCAAUAACAUAUAUUUAAAAAUAAUGACGAAACGUUUUCACAUGUCAGGAGAUACUAAAAACUAGUCGCCAACCGUCGGUUGGCCAAGGAUUGCUCUCAAAUAGAAAUGUGUGCGCGUACUCUAAUAAUCAAACGGUACAUGGUUGUAAAUGUGAACUGACAGAAAACGAAACUUAGUAUGAAUAAAACAACUACCUCGUUGCAUCAUUUGCAGAAUCAACUGUAGAACAACGAGAAUAAUUAUACCAUAGAGUUAAUAAAAGUAAGACUGAUUAGUACUAUAAGUAGACACCAUCCGAAUGGACUAAAGGUUGUAUGGUUUAUAUGUUUUACUGGUUAUCAACUUUCCGUUGGCAGUGUUGACACUCAAAACAACUUAUGAUAGAUAAUCGUUUUUUGUUUGCAUGAUACUCGGGCGGAUUAUCAUCGAUGACGAUCGUUGAAAAGAAUGAAGCACAAUAAUCUGUAUUUUAUGCAGUAGCUAAUUUAAGAGAAAUUAUAUCAAAGAGAAACUACAAUUACAAUCAUCUCCGCAAAUAAAACUUUGUUUGAUUUUUUGAAA